AUGUGGAUCUGCUUCGACCCAACAGAAAGCCGAGUAGGCUGGGGUACUUCCAUUUCGUUUGUUGUGCUUCUAUACUGGACCUCCAUUACUAUCGAUGCUAGUUUAACGAAUGCAGCCGCAUCCAAUGUCCCACAUAGUACCGUUACGUCUGACGUAUCGCUACCAUCGUCGGCACACCAUGAUAACGACGAAUGCAGGAAUGUGACCACUGACAAUAGAGAGGGUACUGGACUGUCAGUGGUCAGCCAUGGAUCCGGUUAUCCUCAUUCGCCGAUAGUGCCUCCAUCUUUUCUGUACGGAGCUCUUACCUGCCAACCCUAUCAAGGAAUUUAUGUCAACCACAUCUACUUUCAACUUGCAAAUGCCUUCUUCCUAUUGUCACACCUUGCACCAAGCGGCAUACAUGGUGUACUUUAUUUAAGGUGCACUCUACUUGUGGGUUGUGCCUUUCUUGCUUUGUGGGGCUGGACAAUAGCUUGCUGGCUGGAUGCUGCUCUCUGGAAUGCUCUCUUUGUUACCAUCAACUUCGUCCAUGUAUGCACGCUUCUUUACAAGCUCAGGCCUAUCAAGUUUACAAGGGAAAUUGAAGAGGUAUACAUUGCAGUGUUCCAGCCAUUAAGGGUUUCUCGUCAUCAAUUCAGAAAAGUAUUAAAUUGUAUGAAGGUCAUUCGCCAGUUGAAAUAUCAAGAAGUUUAUGCACAAGAAAAAGUGACCAAAGUUGAUUCUUUAUCAUUGGUGCUGUCGGGAAAACUAGUUGUUUCACAAAGUGGAAGAGCAUUGCAUAUUGUCUUCCCACAUCAGUUCCUGGAUUCUCCAGAAUGGUUUGGUGUUUCAACAGACGAAUAUUUCCAGGUAUCAAUAACAGCUAUGGAAGAAUCAAGAAUAUUAUUAUGGCAUAGGGACAAACUAAAAUUAAGCAUAAUUAGCGAUCAAUUCCUGCAGGCAGUGUUUGAUCACAUUUUGGGAAGAGAUGUAGUUAAGAAAUUGAUGCAGGUCAGUGAAACAAUGGCUGCUAGCAAUCAUCAGCAGCAAAAUGGACAGAUAAUUGGUUUGGGUGGAAUCGAGCCUUAGAAAAUGAUGCUGAUACAAAACUUUUUGUUGUAAAAAGACUGGUGACAGUCAAGGCAUUACUGCUCUCAUUAGUCGUCAACUCCAAGAAGAGAGAAUGCCGCUCCUGUACACGAGCCAAGAAGUAUUGAAUAAUACUUUACACCAUACAAACCCUCUAAUGUAUAUCAUCUUAUAUACUCCCUUCACAUCCUAUGUCAUACAAUGCUCAGACUUCACUGUAAUAUCCUUUUACACCAAUUGUGCAAUCUCGCACAAAAUCCUAUGUGCUGUACAUGUUAUGUUCCUGCAAUGGAUGCGUGUACAUUAUACAAAUGUCAAAGAGUAACAUCAUUUAUUGUUCUUCCUGGGUAUUGCAUUAAAAGCUGCAGGAGAUCCAAAUGCUUGGAGAUUGGGAAGAAUUGAAGAGACUGAUCAUGAAACACCUGUUUAAUGGAAGGAUUGUUAAAUCGAUGUCAUCCUCGACAGUCAAUAUAAAGUAACACCGGUGUUUUUACAUAAUACGAUUACACAACAAGCUGAUAUUCAUUGUGACUAAAAAAAAAUGGCAUGUUGAAAUUGUGCGUAAAACAAUUGAAGAUUCUCUUGCCAAUUAAUAAUUUUCCCAAUGACUAGUCAACUGUAUGCGAUAAUAAGAGGAAAUUCCAUCGUUUUGUAGCAUAUAAUGAAUUCCAAUCUAGUUUAUAAACCAACUAACAAUAAGUUUAUGCUUCCAGUAUAUUUGUUGGGUAUGCUUGAGCAUAUUUAAUUUAAGAGAAUGGGGCUGUAUUUAUAAUUUACUUUAGUCAAAUCGAUAUGUAUUCUGUGAUGGAUGAAUAAUGGAUUAAGACUUUACAAGUAUGCAGGUGUGUUUAUGAAAUGAGGGUGACAUGUUUCGCAGUGGCGUAACUUGUGUCAAUGUGAGGUCUGUGAUGUCACGGAGGGAUUUGAUAGAAGUCAGGGAGGCCUAAAGAAACUUCUUUCCCAUACCCAGAAAUAGUGCCUUUUUACUUACACUUCCUUUCUUAAUGUUUCCAUGGAGAAAAUAUGUACAAUAUUAUAAUAUGCGCGACAUAUAACAUAUAUAUGAAUUAUAAUAUAUUUAUCCAAUGUAUCUAGUAGAAUUGUCCAAAUAUCGCUGUAUUACAUGUUUGAAGGUCCAUGUUGUGAUACUGUUAAAAAUCCGGUGUUCACAUGAGUGAAAGAAGCACACGAAGUUACGCCAUCAUUAAUACAUUGGAUAUUAAAGUGCGAUGUGUAAAGAACAUUGUUGCGAAAUUUACAUCGCUACAUUGCUGCUAGAGAUGCCGAAUUGCGUGCAACUUUCGAUAUUUAACGGAAAAAUUAUUACAAGUUACUAUACAGAGUAACAUUGUGAUCAUAAAUAUAGUGCGUUCAUUCAGACGUUGAUUAUUAUUGUUGUAUUUGCUUGCGAAUGAUAUGUAUAAUGAUUAUUCUAUAUUAUUUUUUCCUGAAUUAGUGAAAGUAAAUAUUUGAAUAUUUAAAAUGUGUAUUGCGAGCGUAAAACGAAUUGAAGAUAAUUAUUUAAAAGAAAAAGUCAAUAACUUACGAUCGAGAAAAAAUAGAAAUACAGUAAUCAAGGAAAAUAAUCUUAAAACGAAAAUCUCGAGUUUAACGAUUAAAAUUUCAAUAGUCAAAUAUAUAAUAUUUGACUAUAUAUAAUAGUCUUAGACUUUAUAGUCUUAGACUUUAUAUAAUAGUCAAAUAUAUUUAAAGAAAUAAUCCUUUUGGAAACAACUUUGUUCAAUCUUGGAAAUAUCACAUUAAAACAUUAGAAAGUUACUAUAAACAAAACAAUAUUAUAACCACUUGAGAUUGUAAUACUUUAAGAAGACUUUUUAUAUGUAAGAUCAUAAUUCUGCUAUAUUUCGGGUAUUACCGAUAAUUUAUCGCAGAUUCUCUAUUAUCAUACACACAUAUACAUACCAAUAUUUUGAACACUGGGGAUAUCAUUUUACGUAGCAAAAUAUUAAAAUAUAGGAAUGCCUUUUGAUAUAUAUAAGUAUGGAAUCCUGGACCAUAAAAUUUAAUCCUUUUUGCAUAUAUGAUCUAUAUAUAAAGAGAGACAAGUUUACAUUACUUUCCAUAUGAAUGUGUGAAUUAUAUGUUACUGAAUCUUUGUUGUUUAUCGUCUCUUAUUGUUGUUAUGAUUAUUUUUGUACAGGGAAUUGUUUUCUAGUAUUAUAGUUAAGGAUAUAAAAAGAAUGGUUGAUGAGACAGAUGGAGAAAAUUUAAAUCACACAUUGAAUACAAUAAGAAUGAGUAUAAAGUGGCAAUGCGAAUAAAGAAAGUUAGUUUUAGAGAUAGAA